AUGACAACCGAAGCAUCUUUCUCGUGGGACAAAGAGCUAGCACACUUUUUCAAAAGCAUUGGUCUUGUAGAAACGAGCGAAUGCUUAGAAUCAGAGCUGGUUGUGCUCUCGCAAAGCCAAUUGCAGAAACUGCCAGCAGAAUUGGAGACACUGGUCGAAAAGCUUUUAAUUUCCCUGGAGAGACAUGUAGAUGCCAAAGAAGAGAUUAUUGGCAAACCGGACAAGACGCACGACGGCUUGCUUGUAUCCAAGCGAAAACGAAGCGACAAUGAGCAGGACGAAGAAGAUGAAAAGGAGAGAAUAAAGCGGUUUGAUGGAGAGCAGAUUCAAAUCAGAGCAACGACUGAAGAGGUUGAGCAGAGAAUCAACACGUUUAUCCAGGCAAAGCAAAACGAAUUGGACGAAAGCAACAGAACAGAGUUUUUGAGUAGACAUGAUCCCACAGCAGACGACGUUACUUGCGCGAGGACAGAUGCUAGAGAAAUCAAUCGCAACAUUCAGAUGAAGUUUGACAUUGUCAACAAUGAAGAUGGCCCUAUUGCGAGAUCUCUGCUGGCACACAACGACAAAUCCAAACCAGACGAUUCAACGCAAGUAGCAACAGCAGCGGAUACGUCUGAGAGACUGAGCAAUAUAGAGGAGCAUCUCAAUGUAAAGCUGGAUAGCGCUGCAAAACCACCAUUUUCUGCGUUUGAAAGGAUCAAGAUAUUGGAGAACACACUGAUGGAAAUUGAGCGACAACAUCCCACAUGGGCAGCAGUGCAUUUCAACCAACCCAAUCGCAACUUCCCUCCACCGCCACCAGUUACUUAUAUUACACGGCCCAACACUGAAUCAGAAGAGCUAUUGUCGCCGCCACCGCCAAAAAAUAGACAGCAAGAAGAAGCCACUUACAUCUCUACACAGAUCACUACAGCGGCACCGCAGCAGAGGAUGCUACGAGCCCACGGUCGAGCCAAUUCAUCGCUAACACGAGCAGUGAUAGAUCAGCUCAACAGACAGAAAGAUAUAUCCAUUACAAGGCAAACCAUCGAAUCAUCGCAGCUUUGA